CGCCCAUGCUCUGCACGACAUGAAAUGGCAGCAUCAUACAUCAUCCGAUGACAACUGAUAUCUAAUAUUACCUUGUGACAGCCUCACGAAAACUGAUAGAAUAUUCAUGGAGGAGGCUCGCCUUCACCGACGAAGCUUACUGUCAGCCUUCUGUAAGCGCCGGCGCGGAGGUACCUGGUCAUAUUUCAGCUGAUGAGGUACUCGUUACUUCCGACUCCCCGCAUGCCUCGUAGGGCUGGUACUGCCCCUUGUGUUGCGGCUCGCAGAAACCCGCCGCAGCGGGGCAUAUAAGACCAAUGGCAUCCGGAUAUCUGGCCCAUCAAUGCUUGACCGGCAAGCAUGUCUCGCGCGGACCCUUCAGCCCCCUCUUGAUUAGACCCCCUAUUAAACCCUAGGCCAGUAUCAAGCAAACACUCUCUCAUCUUACCCCCACCCAUCGAUAUGGCCAAUCAUCUUCUCCCCACUCCUCCAGCUUCCAUACCGUGUUCAAGUCUAGACUCGAUCCUUGAGCAUGAGCCCGAGAAGGAGUUCUUGAGCAAGCUGCCGUUGAGUGUGCGCGAUGCAAUCUUGCCAAGCUACGAUACUGGCGUCUUCAGCAACGAGCUCGUAGACUUGAAGCUCUAUUCCAAGAUAGACCCCGAGGACUCGACCAAGGCCGUUGAUGCUGGCGGUAAUAUUACCGAGGGCACCUACGCGGGUACUCAAGUCGCCCUGACUCAGGUGUACUCUCAAAUCGAGCAGAGUUUCGCCACAUACUUUGACGUGCUGGCGGUGGAGCCGACGCUGCCCCGGUAUACCAGCCUCGAAGAGAAGAGGCAAGCGUUCAAGUUUACACCGUACCCAACGCUCCCAGACGGAAAGCCAGCCCAGUACCCGCCAGCCCUAGCUCACAUCCCCGCCGAAGAUGAUGUUGCCCAGUGGAAGAUCUUCAACGUGCUCGGCUUGGCCCAAGCCCAGGUAAUGUUGCAAAAGGUCACCCCGGACGAGUUCCUGGGGAGGACGAGGGAGUGGAUCCUCUCCAAGGCCAGGGCCGUGGUUGGUGGCUGCCCGCAGCAGGGGUUGACGAUCGACGACGUUGUCGAUUACAACCAGCACCACCGCAAGUCGGCGGUCGACAUCGCGAGAGGCAAGAACCUGGGCCAUCUCGAAGACUGGUACAGCGACCGUCGGUUUGCAGACCAGCAGUUUAGCGGUACAAACCCGACGACCAUCCGGCUUGUCUCGGAUUCCUUCCUCGGCGAAUUCGUCGCGGCGGCCAGAGCUGGCGGUUACGACAAAUGGGCAGACGUCCUGACAGAGGCAGACCCGAAGUCUCUCUUUAUGCAGGACUGCAGCUACUUCCGCGAGGCAGCAGGUGUCCCGGAUCCCGCCGGAGAACUGCACAACAAGCAGCCUGGAAGCAACGACAACUGGACCUGCUGCGCGGUCAGUCUCUUCCGCCUCCAUGAGGAUGGAAAGCUGCACCCUGUCGCCAUCUGCAUCGACUACAAGGGCUCGAUGGACAAGUCCGUCACUAUAUUCAACCAGCGGAUGCUCCCCACGGAUUCCACGGCUGGGGAGAAGGAGGACUGGCCUUGGCGAUAUGCCAAAACCUGUGCCCAGGUAUCGGACUGGAUCCGCCACGAGCUCGCCGUUCACCUGACGGAAUCCCACCUCGUCGAGGAGGCCAUUAUUGUUGCGACGAACCGCACAAUCCCCAUGGAGCACAUCGUCUACAAGAUCCUGUCCCCGCACUGGUACAAGACGCUCUCCCUGAACGCCGCGGCAAGGGCCUCGCUUGUCCCGCAGGUCAUCGUCGAGCUCAUCGGCCUCACCCCGGACCAGGCCUACAGCUUCAUCCGCCACUCAUUUGACAACUUCGACUUCCAGGCCCGGUAUGUCCCCACCGAUCUCCACGGCCGCGGCUUCCCCGCCGACGAGGAGUCCCUCGAGCACCCCCGCUACAGGAACUACCCCUACGCCAAGAACAUGCUUCUGAUCUGGAACGUCCUCCGCACCUACGUCGAGUCCAUGCUGGAGCCGCACUACCCCGACGACGCCGCCGUAGCCCGGGACCGGCACAUCCAGGCCUGGAGCGCCGAGGUGCAGACCAGCGGCCACGUCAAGACCUUCCCCACCAUCACGACGCGCGCCCACCUCGCCGACGCCAUCACCAUGUGCAUCCACGUGGCCUCGCCCUUCCACACGGCCGUCAACUACCUCCAGAACUUCUACCAGUCCUUCGUCCCCGCCAAACCGCCCAUGCUCUGCAGCCCCUUGCCCACCUCCCUGACCCGCCUCCUCUCCCUCGCCGAGCCCGACCUCGCCGCCGCCCUCCCGCUCGGCCGCCAGCGCGAGUGGCUGCUCGCCGCGCAGAUCCCCUGGCUCCUGAGCUUCCGCGUCGAGUCCGACCGCACCCUGCUCAACUACGCCCUCAGCCAGUACAGGGUGUGCCGGGUGGGCGGGCGCGACGCCCGGGCGAGCGAGGCGUUCUACCGAGCGCUGUGCGGGCUUGCCAGGAGGUUCUACUAUAAUAGCGUCGCGCAGGAUGAGGGCGCCGUGCCGUACAUGGUGCUGGAUCCGGGGCAGACUGCUGUUUCUAUCCUAAUCUGAGCUGAAUGGGGGUGGACGAAACAACCCGUGUAUGAUAGGGGUGUAAAUCUGUGGUUGGGGGGGAGCGUGGGUGUGGCCUGCGUC